GGCCGUGUUUUCGUGCGAUCAGCUGGCGACGGUGAAAUCCCGCAGACCGACGGCGAAGACAGCCUUUUUCCCCCCAAAUAAUACCACAAAAUGGGUUAUACAGACCACCCCGAUGGCAAGGAAUGCUUCCAGAAGAUUUGGGCUUGCACCAAGUACAGUGGAAUGCUGGGACUUGUUGUAUCUACCUAUGAUGUGUUGAUGUACACCAAACCUCAGGGUUACGUGCCCACACUAGGAGCCUAUCUUCGUUCUACCGUUCCCCUGGCUGGUGCAGGUGCUGCCUUUGCUGCCGUCACCUGUGCUUCCACAGCUCUGCGAGGGAAGGAUGAUAAACUCAACUACUUUUUGGGGGGAAGCUCAGCUGGUGGCAUUAUUGGUGUAGCUGCACGAAGCUUCCGUGUUGGAGUGCCCACAGCUUUCUUCCUGGGUGUGUGCGCCAUCGUCUACAAGGACUCGAAGGACUGUGGCUGGAAGCUCUUCCCUGAAGUCACUCACAGAGUUGGCUCCUUUGACCAUAUUAAUUAUGACUUCACCCUCCAAAAGCCACACAAGUAAAAUGGGGGUUUAUUUUCGUCGCCAGCCAUAAUUACCAAACGGAAACAGUUUCCAAGGAAUGAUAGUACAUUGAAAUUCCUCUAAUUGCUCAUAUAGGAAUUUCAAAAAAUGUAUUUCGGGAGAAAUGGAGUCAAAAUUAUCAUAUGCAACAAACGAAAAAGGAUGAACAUCAGUAUAACUUAGUGAAAAAUUUUGUAACACGAAAUUAAUGACCAUACCUAAGUUUAGAAGGAUGCUUACAGUGUAAAUAAAUAUUUAUAAUAAGACA